GCGGAAAAGUUCGAGAACGCCGUCCGUGCUCUGCAGGAGGCGCAGAAGGAGAAGGUGGCCGCCAUUGAGGGAGCUAAUGAGCAAGCGCGGGAGAUCAACCGCGAAGCAAAGGAGCUGGAUGAGUCCAGGGCCAAGAAGCAAAUGCGCCUUCAGCUGAUGACUGAGAGCUCGAAGAUCACGGACCAGUCGUGCGAGGACACGAAGAAGAAGCUGGACAAGGAAAGUGCCGUGCACCAGGAAUUAGCCCUGAAGCGCGCAAAGAUCGACAAAGAGCUGGAAGAGCUUAAUGCCCGGGGCUUGGCUGGAGAGGAUGAAAAGAAGAUACCGACAGUACUUGCAGGGAAUUGCGGCGUCGAUAUGGGGAUUUGGAAGGGUGAGUAA